AACCGAUCUGUGUCGCUGCUAUAUAGUGAAACAAACGAAGCCCACUAACAUUACAAUUUUGUUUGGUACAAUAAGCAUGCUUCUAAGGGUGUGCGUAAGAACAAUAAAUUAUUUUGGGAGAACAAAAGAAUCAAUUCAUAUAGCAGCAUAUCGUUUUACGAAGGAACCGAAGAUCAGUGAAGAAUUUUCGGAUUUAGCAAGGAUCGAUGGUCUCGUCGAUGAUCCUGUGGAUCUUUUCAGAUCAUGGCAUGAAGAAUCAAGAAAAUAUUUACAAAAAAUGCCGGACAUUUGUUGCCUGGCGACAACCUCGAUAGACAAUAAAAUUGCGGCAAGAAAUGUAGUGCUUAGAGAAUUUGAUAACGAUGGUUUCGUAAUAGUAACUGAUCAACGUAGUAGAAAAGCCUCAGAGUUGGAUAGUGUACCACGAGCUGCCAUGUGUUUUGUAUGGUGUUACAUAGAUAAUAAAGGACAAAACAUUGCUAGACAGGUACGAGUUGAGGGUGCAAUAAAAAAGUUAGAAUCGAUAGACUUUAAACAUCUUUACGACCGAGAGCCACUUUACUGCAAAAUUCGAUCUCAUUUGUGUUAUCAAGAUCGAUUAGUUGAUUGGGACGAUUUGAAACGGCGACACGAUGAAAUUUUAAAGGAGUAUCAAAGAGGCGAGAAUACUCUGCCAAUGCCGAAUCAUUUCAUCGGAUAUAAAUUGUUACCGACGAUGAUAGAAUUUUACUACGCGAGGGACGAUCUUAUCGGUGAUAGAGUGCAAUACAACAAAAACGAUUCGACCGAAGGAUGGCAACACAGAAGAUUGGCCGCUUAAUAUUAAAAAUUACAAACGUGUUCGACUAUUUAUUUCCUAAACAGUAUCCUCCUAAUGUUAAUUUUACUAAAAAUAAAACAAAUUUCUAUAUUG